AUGUCUGAACCUCCUGUGUCUUCCCGUAUUUUGAGCGAGCCUCACGACGAUCCAGUCGUCGUAUGCCAGGACGAUGAUAUGCAGGAUCUCGAGUACCCUGCUCUAGCAUCAAGCACCCCUAUGGAUAUAGCUGAAGACCCCGCUUCCUCACCAAUUGCUGACUCUAACUUUGCCAAGCAAUCCAACCCAUUAGCAUCGCUUGAAGAACAUUCACAGGCUGUCCGUCCAUCUGAGAAUGCGCACAUCGAUCCCAGGUUCGAGACGAUGGACAAAGCUAUAGACUUGGCUUCAUUAGAAGUCUACCCCUCCCCAUUGGCAUCUGAUGACCCUGACGUUCUAGAGAAGGCCCCUUCACCAUCUUAUUCUCAACAGCCCUCUCAGUCAACUUUUACAACGGAUGACUUCCCAGAUACUAGUCAGGCGAAGGGCUUUUUUGACAACGACCGACCGACGGAAGUACAAUACAAGAGGUCAUCGACUCCUGAAGAGGUGUUCUCGAAUUUAACCCGCCUCCGCACCUCUCCUAACCAGGGUUCUCAGGCUACCCUAUUUCUCUAUCCCGCACAUCUUGAUAUGCCCAUCCAUGAGCAGUCCAUUGCGAUCACUGUCAUGUCACAUCUAUCCCCCAUGCUUGCGCCACCUGAUUUCGACUUCACGUCCAAGGACCAAGAUGUGGAACCACCUUCGCCUGUGCAGGUGGCCAUACAGUAUCGCAAUGAUUUCCCCUUCACCCGUCAUUACACAAUCCCUCCUUUGAAGACACUUCCCAUAGAAUUCCAGCGUAAGGGAAAAAUAGGUAAACAACAGAGGAGAAGAGACAAGGAUCGAGAACGCGGUGACAAAGGGUCUGAGAAAGAUGGGCGAAGAGAGGGCAAGGAUGAUUGGGCGCCAAUAGGCAUCAACCGAUGGGGGGCUCUUAUGCGUGCAAAUCCGAUUUGGAAAAAAGUGAAUCGGGCGACGAAGUGCCUGAGCACGCGUGAGUGGGGGGUCAUCUUUGCCGAGUUGCGUUAUCUCAGAGCACUCGAGCGGGUAGAGCAAAUGAAGGACCAAGGUAGAUGGAGCUACAGACAGCCAAAGAAGCAGCGUGGCGUGGGUGGUCUAUUAAAAACUCACUGGGAUCAUCUCUUAGAAGAGAUGAAAUGGAUGCGUGUCGACUUUCGCGAAGAACGCAAGUGGAAGAUGUCUCUCGUGUGUGAGGUGUCGUUGUCUGUUCACUUGUGGCAUCGAGCUGGGAGUAGAGAGGAGAGGAAGGAACUGGGCAUCAUCGUUGAGUGGAAGAAACCUCCUCUGCUUACCACCGACAUUUAUGACGACGAUGGUGAUGAUGGAGAGAACGAAGCUACCGACGGAGAGCAGAUGCAGGUCGAUGAUGCUCGACCAGAGCAAGGUGGUAUGCUUACCGUCGACUAUGCGUCAGACGACAGCGAUGAGGAACAAGACCAGGACAAGCAAGACGUCGUCGAUGCGUUAGAGACUUCCGCUAUGAUCAAUGAAGCCAUUGAGAAUGCCUGUCGUGCUCAUAGCAGAGGUGAACCGUCUCAAGACCCACCGGAUCAGGUCAAACCAAAGCAGGAAGAAUUUGAAGAUUUUUCGGUCUUGCAUGGAGAUGAUACGCCUAUGAUCGUGGAUUCUCAGCAACCUCAGUCCACCGCCAUAGACAAAGAGGCGAACACAACCGGAGGCUCCGAUGUCUCUGGUCUCAAGUCGUCCUCGAAGAAUCCAGUCCUUCCGAGUAGCUUGCAACCUCCGCUUCCUCCCGUUACCAUUCAUCACACAGUCUCAUCCACGAAAGCUCACUUGAAGUCCGGCGUGUACGCGCCUUUCCGCAGUCAGAUUGCCUAUCUAGAUGACCACACACUUUUCCUUAACAUGGACGAUUUACAUCCCGGAAAGAACCAACCCGGGCUUUCGGAAUACUCUACAAUGGAUGAGAUGCCCCCGCCAGCCGAUCUGUCUGCAAUAUUCCCUGACCUCCAACCUUAUGGCCUCUUGGAUAUCGGACCAGCAGCCGAGGGUAGGAAGAAAAGUGAGAAGAGGGACAGAGAUGAUCCUUAUAAGAGAGCCGAGGACACAACUUAUUCCAAGUUGACCCCUGUCACCAAAUACAUGAGGAUCAAGCCGACAUUGCUAGGGCCGCUUCAGCCAUCGAAACAUUGGAAGAAUGAUCAGUGGACCAACUUCGAUGAAGGGCCUGUCGUGCCCGACGUGGAAAUUCCUCUGCCAAGUAUCUUAUGGGGUAUCACAUGCUCUUUAUUCGAGGGGAGCAAACCCAUUUCCACUUCAGUGACUGACGAUUCACCAAUACCUGGAACCCCUCAGGAUGCACCCAAAAGAGUAGCAGACUUGUACUGGUCGACACAAGACGAUUUGCUUUUGAAGCGUCUUGUCGAGAAAUAUCCAAGGAACUGGGGACUCAUUGCCGAUUCGUUCAACUCUUCCAGAGCUGCCAUAUCGACCGAGAAGCGGCUAGAUUGGGAGUGCAAGGAACGUUAUUACGUUCGCUGGCUUGGGGGCGAUCGGGUUAACGCAGGGUCUGCUGUGCCGGAGGGGCCGCCUAUGGCCACGCCAGUCCGUCCCCAACCGCAAAUGACAACGAGAAAGCGUUUGGCGAGCGUCACAACAGUGGCUACAAGCGCAGCAUCCGUGCCUGCGCCGAGUAACGAGGCGAAGAAACGUCGAAGACAUGCACUCAUGUACGAUACUAUCCGAAAGGCGAUCAAGAAAAAAGAAUCAAAUAUCCAAAAAAAUAAUGCAAAUACUCGGAAGUCUACUGCAAUCCAUGAUACGCAUGGGCAAUACAACAAGAUGCCUAAAUUGAGCCCUGCAGAGCUCAGUCGAAUGAAGGCCGAGAAGGAAGGCCAGGAAAUGGCUCGAAGAAAGCAGCAUGAAGAAGCGAUGAGGCAACAAGCGGCCUUGCAACAUGCUCAACGAAUGGGUGUACAGAACCUUCAGACGCAGCAGCAACCGCCGAACGGAACUCCUAGGUCUGCAAAUGGCGUGCAACAUCAAGUCCCUCAAAUUCGCAGCCAAGUCAACAUCUCACAGCAGCAGCGUUUGCCGGUUCAAAUGCCGGGAGCUGCGAAUACCCGUAUUCCCUCACAACAAUUGCUUCAUGCUCAAGCUCAGCAGCGAGCGCUCGCUGCAGCUGCAAGCGCAAACCUAGCUGCUGGUGCGAUGAACGCCGCCCAUCUGUCCCCGCCUUAUGCCUCUCGAGCAGCCUCGGCAUCUCCUGCCGUUCCACAAUUGUCCCCUCCUCGUUCAUCUGCAACGCCAAAUCCCAUUCGGCCGUCAUCUGCUCAACAACGUCCAGGGCACCAGGCUUCUCCAAACAUGCAGCAACAAGUCACAGCUCGACCAGCCGCCAAUAUAGCCCAAUUUUACCCUCAGAUGUCUAACCUUCAUAGCCCCCAGUAUUCCACAGAGCAGAUGGAGCAGGCGUUGCGCCUUCAAUCAUUGAUGCAGCAGCAGCGACAGGCAAUUAUACAGCAGGCUGCUCAGGACGGACAAUAUCCGCCAUAA